CUUUUCUCUCUGCUUUUUUUAAUAUGGCGGAAGCACUGACCGCCGUUCGGACGUCUGCAUUUUUUAUUAUCGUGAAAUAAGAAGUGUCUCGCUAAUAUUUCAUAAGUGUGUGAAACCGAAGUGUAUUAUUAAAACUGUGUAUUCGUUGCGUUUAUAAAUAAUAUAUCAAAGUGCUUCAAAUCGUUACAUUCAUCUAAAAAAAUGUCUAAACGGUCGGCGUAUGACGACGAGGAUAAUCCACCGACACCCUCCGACGACUCAGACUUCGAUGAUGACGAGGAUCCAGACAACCUGGAGGUGCCAGGUGGGGGGAAAACCCUGGCGGCAGCGGCCAGCAUGGCUGCGAAGAAGGUCACAGUCACUCCACAGGUCACUGUCAAGCCGACCACAAAUCCACUUGCAGCACCAUCUGGGCAGGCGUUUGGCCAAGCCAGCAACGUGAAGCCGAUCAAGAUAUCAGCCAGUUCUCUCACCAAACCCAUCAAUAUAGCGGGACUCGGCAGAGGAGCAACGCCGGCCGUGGCCGCGGCGCCGCCCUUUGCGGCCGGCUCGUCAGCCGCCUACAGCGCCGCUUCGCUACUCGCUCAGAUGGAGAUGGUGGGCAUGACGGGCAUGAACUCGUAUCUACUGCAGAACCUCAACCAAAUACUGGCUUCUGGCAUGGGCGGCCCGCUGGCUGGCAUGCUGAACCAGUUCGUACCGGUUGCGCCCGGUUGGGCUCAGGGCAAGCCGGGGAAUAUGUGGCAACAGGAGAAGAUUGGAGGAGACGAGGAAGAAGUUGACGAUGAAGAGAUGGGUGUGGCCGAGACAUACGCAGAUUACAUGCCUUCUAAAUUGAAACUAGGCCGCAAGCAUCCCGACCCGGUCGUAGAAACAGCCUCCCUCUCAUCAGUGGAACCAGUAGACGUAACAUACAAAGUGAGCUUGCCAGACGAGACGGUCCGCACCGGCUUGCUGUCCGCGCUGCAGCUGGAAGCCGUCGUGUACGCGUCGCAGGCGCAUGAACAUCUGCUGCCCGAUGGCACCAGGGCGGGCUUCCUUAUUGGUGACGGUGCCGGAGUAGGCAAAGGCCGUACAAUAGCCGGCAUAAUCUUCGAGAACUACAUAAAGGGUCGCAAGCGAGCCAUCUGGGUGUCUGUGUCCAACGACUUGAAGUACGACGCCGAGAGGGACCUUAGAGAUAUAGGAGCGGGCAAGAUUGAGGUGCAUCCGCUUAAUAAGUUCAAAUACGCAAAGAUCUCGUCAGCGGUGAACGGCAACGUGAAGAAAGGCGUGAUCUUCAGCACGUACUCCGCGCUCAUCGGCGAGACGCAGUCCACCGCCACCAAGUACCGCACCCGCCUCAAGCAGCUGCUGCAGUGGUGCGGGGAUGACUUCGAUGGCGUUAUUGUUUUCGACGAGUGUCACAAAGCCAAAAACCUGUGUCCAGUCGGGUCAGGCAAAGCCACCAAGACAGGUCUGACAGCGUUAGAACUUCAGAACAAAUUGCCGAAAGCCCGGGUUGUGUAUGCGUCCGCCACGGGUGCUAGUGAGCCGAGGAAUAUGGCCUACAUGGUCCGACUCGGCAUAUGGGGUGACGGGACACCUUUCCCGACUUUCAUGGACUUUAUUAAUGCUGUUGAGAAGAGAGGCGUAGGCGCGAUGGAGAUAGUGGCGAUGGACAUGAAGCUGCGAGGCAUGUACAUCGCGCGGCAGCUGUCCUUCCACGGCGUCUCCUUCAAGAUCGAGGAGGUGCCGCUGUCCGACGCCUUCAAGGAGACGUACGACAAGUCUGUGGCACUGUGGGUGGAAGCGAUGCAGCGGUUCACGGAGGCUGCUGAGCUGAUCAACGCCGAGUCGCGCAUGAAGAAGACCAUGUGGGGACAGUUCUGGUCUGCGCAUCAGAGGUUCUUCAAGUACCUGUGUAUUGCUGCUAAGGUGAACCACGCAGUAGUGACGGCCCGCGAGGCGGUGAAGUGCGGCAAGUGCGUGGUGAUCGGGCUGCAGUCCACGGGCGAGGCGCGGACGCUCGACCAGCUCGAGCGCGACGACGGCGAGCUGUCCGACUUCGUCUCCACCGCCAAGGGUGUAUUCCAAACGCUAGUAGAGAAGCACUUCCCGGCGCCGGACCGCGACCGUAUCAACCGGCUUCUAGGACUGGAGCCGGCGCGGGCCAAGCCGGCCAUCACGCACCCGCCGGCACACGUGCAUCACAACGGCAAGAACGGCAUUGACGAUGAGGCUAAUACUUCUAAGAGGAAAUUGACAGCACGCCAGCAAGCAAACGCAGCCGCAAAACGCAUGCGCGGAGGCUCUUCAUCCGACGAGUUCGUGCGAGGCUCCGACGAUGAACUGGAGAUGGAGUCUGAUGAGGAACGACGGCCGCCGGGGUCUGAUUCUGACUUGUCAGACUUCAACCCCUUCCAUGGGGGCAGUGAUAGUGAUGAUGAACCGUGGCUAGGCCGUAAAAAGAAGCCAGUCAAGAAGAAGAAAGCGGCCUCACCCAAGAAGAAACCUUCGACCACUCAAGACAAGAUCGAGACAAUGUUUGAACGCAAGAACAGUGCUGCCACAGCCCCCACUGUCACUGUUACUACCCCUGCUGGUAGUCUCACUGGCACCCCUGUCGGUACCAAUGGACUGUACCUAGGUCCAGCCCGCAACCAGCCACCACCCCGCUCCGCCAUCGAACGAGCCUGCAGCAUGAAGGAGGAACUGCUGGCUGCCGUAGAGAGGCUCGGCCGUCGCCUGCCGCCCAACACGCUGGAUCAGCUGGUCGACGAGCUUGGAGGCACUGAUAAUGUUGCUGAGAUGACAGGUCGCAAAGGCCGCGUAGUCCAGACAGAAGAAGGUCAGAUCCUGUACGAGAGCCGGUCGGAGGCCGACGUGCCGCUUGAGACGCUCAACCUGACGGAGAAGCAGCGCUUCAUGGACGGACAGAAGGAUGUGGCCAUCAUAUCUGAGGCAGCAUCCAGUGGUAUAUCUCUGCAGAGUGACAGAAGAGCGCGGAACCAAAGGCGGAGGGUACACAUAACGUUAGAGCUGCCGUGGUCGGCCGACAGAGCUAUACAACAGUUUGGUCGUACCCACCGCUCGAACCAGGUGAACGCCCCUGAGUAUAUAUUCCUGAUCUCGGACCUGGCGGGCGAGCGGCGCUUCGCGUCCACCGUCGCCAAGCGACUCGAGUCGCUCGGGGCGUUGACGCAUGGAGACAGGCGAGCUACUGAAACUAGGGACUUGUCGCAGUUUAAUAUUGAUAAUAAAUAUGGUCGCGCGGCGCUAGAAGCGGUGAUGCGAGCUAUAAUGAAGUACGAGAGCCCGCUGGUGGCGCCGCCGCGCGACUACGCGGGCGACUUCUUCCAGGACGUGGCCAGCGCGCUCGUGGGAGUGGGGCUCAUCGUCAACAGCGAGGCCGCGCCCGGGGUGCUGUCGCUUGAUAAGGACUACAACAAUAUGUCGAAGUUCCUGAACAGGAUACUGGGCAUGCCGGUAGACUUACAGAACAGGCUUUUCAAAUACUUUACGGACACGCUCGCUGCUGUUAUGGAACAAGCGAAGCGCAGCGGUCGCUUCGACCUGGGCAUCCUGGACCUGGGCAGCUGCGGCGAGCGCGUGACGCGCGUGCGCUGCCUGCGCUUCGUGCGCCGCCACGCCACCGGCCGCGCGCCCGUCGAGCUGCACACCGUGCACUCGGAGCGCGGCAUGGACUGGGCCGAAGCCCUAGAGAAGUGGUCGGAACUCACGGGUGCCAAGGAAGGCUUCUACGUGUCGCAGCAGGCUCGCAACAACAAGCACACCGCCGUGCUUUGCGUCGCCGCCGUCAACUCGCACAAGAAGGAGAAACUCACCAAGAAGGAUAUCAUGUUCCAGAUAUACAGGCCUAACACAGGUCUACAGCUGCGGCUAGAGUCGCUAGCCGAGCUAGAGAAGAAGUACCGCCGCGUGGAGAGCAGCGAGGCGGAGGCGUGGUGGCGGCAGCAGUACACCGCCUCGCAGCGAGUCUGCAGUCACGCCUACUGGCGGGCUGUCUGCAGGAAUGCUGCUGAUUGCGAGGUGGGUCUGCGCGUGCGCACGCACCACGUGCUGGCGGGCUCGGUGCUGGCGGUGUGGGCGCGCGUGGAGGCGGUGCUGGCGCAGCGCACCAUGCUCAACAAGAUGCAGGUCGUGCGCAUCAAGACCGACGACGGACUCAAGAUUGUCGGCACCCUGAUCCCAAAGAACUGCGUGGAGCCGCUGAAGGAGGCGCUCUCAUCGGACGCGGUGUCAGUCAGCGAGCAGAAGUUCGAGCCGACCGACGUCAAGUGAACGCAACACAUAGUUCCUCUCUCUCUUUGUUUUACUCUCCGCCCGCAGGAGCUACGACUGAUUAAAUGACACCCUUUGAGUGUUUGACGACUCCACCCAGGACUGUGUGCGAAUAUUUAUUCUUAUCGAUGUAAGAACGACGUUACGCUUAUGUCUAAUUAUAUUUUUUUAUUUCUUUUAUUGUAUGAGCUGACGCUUGUGAUGUUUUGUUUUAGGAUUUUCCAUUCACCGGUUCAGUUACGACGAUUUUUUUAAAUAAAAUUAAAAUUGUACACGUCACAAAAUGUACGGUAGUUAGGAGUUCUAAGGCCUAUUUUUUAACACAAUAAAUUCCCCCAUAUCACGGUACGGUUGCCUCAAACAUAAUGUUGUGUUAAAGUAUUACAUAUCGUUAGUCAAUUGGUAUUGGAAGUGAGAUAAUAACGCACAGUCCGCCCAUGAUAUUACUAGGCUAGUUCGCAAACACUGAAAGGGGCCGCGUUGGUUUCGAGACGACGCGAAGUAAGGUGGCGUGUUCAUGACGUCACUACGCCACUCUCUAUUAUAAUUAGAUAAAUCUGCCGAAUUAACUAACCUUAGCUUUUUUCGAAUUCGGUUUCUACUUGGUACCUAAGCCUGUUGGAUUGUUGGUUGCAAACAUUGGCGCUGUAAUUUAUGUAGUAUGUAUUUAAUUUAGUAUUCUUGCCUUUUAGAUAGAUUCGUGUUUGUCUUGUGGCAAACAUUUGUAAAUCCAAAGUAUUGCUACUGCGUGAUUUUUUUGUCGAAUAAUAUUAAAUCUGUGAGUUGUUACGCGCGGUGGGCGUAUGUAGUGACGUCACAACACAAGUUUAGUGAGAAUGAUCUAAGUGCACGAGUGCAUAAGAUUUACUUUAAGUACUUUACGUAUAUUUACUUAUUCCUACUACGACCGUGAACCUCAAGCCGCUUGAGCGCUUCAUAUUUUUUUACAAUCUAUCAACUAAUACGUGACCAAGUCAAUAUCGCGGUACAUUCUUGUAUACGAAUUAAAUGGAAUUUUAAUUUUUUGUACAAAUAUCCUAGUGUUUUAUUUAAUUGUUCGAUGUUAUAGUUUCAUUCUACUCAUCUCUUGUGUCAGACAAUCCGAGGAUGUAACAUAGUUUUAGUAUAAAUACUAAUUGAUGUAUGUUUAUCGGAUGUUAGCAUACUAUAUUUGUAUCGAAUGCACGUGCAAUAUUGUAUUCUAUGUUCCCACCAUUCUGUCUAAAUAUGAAAAUGCUGCGUCACGCGUGGCGCGAAAAAAAAGAUGUUUUGAUCGUAGUCAGACAUGUUUCUUAUGGUGAUUUUAAAUUAUAAUCGAAUUGCUAGUCUGUAAAUUACAUUAAUCGAUUCGAUACAAUAUGGAAGUCGCGACGCUCACAUUCCCAAACGUAAAAAUCAGGGCUCCAAUCGCUCUUCAACACAAUCUCAAAGAUUUUGGUUAUCGGUAAGCUUAUUAACUUGCAACUUCCAUAUUGUUUCGAAUUGAUUGUAAGUAUUAAAUAUAUGUUUCAAAAAAUCAAAUUACUCAAAGAUAUUCUGUACGUAUAGCUGUUAUUUUACUCUCAAUUAAUUUGUACGGCUUAUUAUUAAUAAUGUUCCAAUUAGAAGUGUCAAAACUAAAUGUUCUAAGUGUUAAGAAACCUUAGAAUCACUGGGAAGGUGUUAAAAUUGAAAUAUUUACAAAGACUCAAUGUUGCAAACAUCUUGAAUUAGUUAAAAAUUUAUAUCUUAAUUUUAUUACCUUCCUAGUAGAGUAUAUUUAAGUGGAUAUUAAUAAAAGGACACGUGAAUUUAAUAUGUAGUUGCUAUUACGCAACCAUAGGUUUGUAUAAAGGGUAAUAUCGGGACGUCUGAUGGCCAAAAUGGUACCAUAGUGUCACUAAAUCUCGUCUACAUUUCUUAAAUGUGUAAAAAUUAAAGACAAAAAUAAAUGUGUAUAUAAUUUA